GAAAUUCUGACUUAUUUACUUAUGGUAUUUAUUAAUAAAACGAAAUGCUGGUAUUAUCUAACACACACCGCAUUUGGCUAUAUUUGGCAAUAUUAAAAUAUAUAUUUUGAGAAAUAAACCACGUCUAUGUGGUACGCCAAAUCGCCACAUCGGGACUCGAAUGUACAUAUUCCAUAACAGUAUUCAUAAAAGUACAUUAGUGAUAUAGUAGUACAUACAGGCGUUAGGCUUUCAAUACAUAACCAUAUCAAAGUAAGCCGUGUAGUUCCUGAAAGUGGCCAUCCGUACUUGCUACGCCAAAACGCCUCAUCAACACAUCGAAUGUAUUUAUUCUAGAUCAUCGAGUCUUCAUAAAAAGCAUUAUACAUACAGGUAUAUAGUAAACAUAUUCUACUAUUUACAGGUAUGUAGUAAGCAUACUACAUACAGGUUUGUAGUAAACAUACUACAUUCAGGCGUUGUGCUAUAAAUACAUGACCAUACCAAUUUAGCCCCUAUAUUUCGUGAAAGUUUCCCUCCCUACGUGUUACCCUAAAUCGCCAAAUCGACACGUCGAAUGUAUGCAUUUACUAACGUACAAACUAGUAUUUAUAAAUAUACAUUAGUAAGACACUACCCAGUGACGUUGUGCCAUCAAAACAUGCCCAUAUCAAAACAGUUCGCGAAGCUGCCCUCCCUACUCGCACCUGGCCGACCCGCAUCGGCUGCGACGUCAGUGGGGCGGGAGCCCGGCGCGGGCGCGUGCCUUUAUCCGGCAUUGGGCCCGCCCCGCUGAUCGCCUACCUACGUAAUCCGCCACGACGGCGCGGCAGAACGCACCUCGGGUCGCGUCAACGGUCGCUGAAUCUCUCUCUUGCGGGCGGGGCGGAGCGGAGCGGGGCGGGGCGGCGCGGCGCGCUUUUCCUGCUGUGGCGUGCUGACGUCAGCCCCGCCGCAGCUACAUAAGAGCGGAAGAGCGCGCCUCCGCAUCAUCAGCGAGUCCGCCGCCGCCGCAGUCGUCGCUUCGCCUCCUGCGCUCAGCUCCGCUCCGCUCGCCUUGACGCCAUGAAGAGCCCCUCCGCCUCCUCCGUGCUGCUGCUAGCGCUGGCAGUGGUUGCGCUGGCGCACGUGGGCCGCGCUGCCGUUGCUCUCGAGAAGGUCGUCGAGAAUCCUAUGUAUCCUCGUCACUGUAAAGAUAGCAGUCUCAACAGAUAUUUUGCCGAUAGGACGUCGUGGUUCAUCUCUGGCCAGUGCCUAAAGAGAAACUGCAACUUUCCACACAUCAGUACAUUCUCAUGUGCAUCUGUGUCUGUGGAGCCCCCAUGCACCCUCGUCGUCGACAACACGCUACGAUAUCCUCAAUGCUGCCCGCAGGCCCGCUGUCCUUCAUUGGAAACCUCCAAUGUCGAUUACAAUGACAUAUAAAGACCGUCAUUCGGCCCCCUGCAUCCCCUGGGAGCAUGCGAUAUUGCGCUUGGUGCUUUAUCUUGCCUUCAAUCAUCAUCCAAAGUAAACUUUUAAAACAAUUGCCAAAUGUGUUUGCUCCAGUUGUGGCGAUCACAGAGACUAAUUUGGUAGAAUAUUGGUGAUACCAAAUCAAAAUAAUCAUAUGCACAUAAAAUGUGGAACAUACUUCCAUGUCACCUACUAGGACUAGUCUCAAACAUUUCAUCUUAAUUUAUGAUCUAUCAUCUCAUUUGUCAUCCUUACGGUGCCAUCUGGAAAGAAAUCGAAUAAUGUAAACUAAAUGUAUUUAUUUAAAGAUAUUAAAUUAAAUUAUAUUUAUUUCAAUGUAUGAGCAAUUAAUAAAGAAAAUCAAAUGUACCCAUUUUAAAACAUAUUGUCUCUAACAUAUAUUUCUCUUUUCUAAAACAAUUUUCUCAAUAAUGUUUUAACAUCAGGGAAUACUACAAAGUGACAAUUAACAACCGUAC